AUGAAGUUUGCUUUAUUUGCUCUAGUCCUGACCGGAAUUGUAACUGUCUUCACACAGUUUAUACCAAGCAGUAAAAUGUCCUCCAUGAGACGAGAACACACGGUGCUAUAUUAUCCACAGAAAGCUAAGCCUACUUGUCAGAACCCAACUAUACAUGAGCGAGAAUUUAGCGCUUGUGAUAUACCUGACUGUUUUUGCAACACCCCUAAUGUUAGAGACACCAGGACAAAUAAAUGUAUCCCAUUAUCUGAAUGU